AUGAAUCACAAUCCCCAGUCCAAGGGCCUUAAUGGCUUAACUCUCGGUCGCCUUUCAUUCGCGCAGCUACUUCUUAUUCUCGCUUAUAUUUUUGUCCAGGCCCACACGCCAUCAGAUGACCAGCUCGAAUUUAUUGUUCGUCGCAAGGAGGAAGACUGGAUUCCUCAGGUUGGGCAGGAAAGACUCUUUGAUAUGUCACAGCACUGGAACGCGGAAGACGAAGAAUGGAAGGCAAUCCGUGUGUGGAUGGUACGGAAUAAGUUUUGCAACAAAGAAGUACAGGAAAGAAAUCUACGAGAUGAUCUUUAUCGCCUACUUUAUCGCAUCGAACAGGUUUCUGCCCAAUCGCUGAAUGGAUUAAAGAGAAGAAAACCACAGCCAGAAGCAGAAGCCGGCCUUGAUAGCACACUAAGUUUAAUGCUUGUUUGUUACAGUCUAUCAGUCCUACCAUCUUUAUGGCAUAUGGAUGGCCUUAUGAAGCCCCCGAUAUGGGAACUCGAUGAUUAUAGCCUUGAAAAGAUGUUUAAAUGUCUAGGAGACUCACCUCUGUUUCCGAAUCUGAAUAAGGGGUUGGUUAUAGCUGCAUUGUACGCACUUGAAAUGCUAUUCACUUUUCACAACCCUGGCGAGCACGAAUACCCCGGUGAAGACAACAAUGAUCAUCCAUCCAAUCGCCCUUACAAAUGCUUUCGCUGCAAGCAAUCAUUCAAGAGAUCCGCUGAACGCAAUCGUCAUGAAGACAAGCAGCAUGCCGACCCAAAGAUCAAAUGCACAUACAAGGGCUGCAAACGUCUGUUUGGAUUUAGAGACCAAAGGUCUCUAUCUUGUCAUUCAAUGAAGCAUCCUAGACAUUGUCCUAUGCCCAACUGCCAAGAAUCAUUUGGGGCCAAGAGGAGCCUUCAUAGCCAUCUGAAUCGCAUCCAUUCAGACUCUGGCAAGCACCAAAGCCCUGGCGAGCACGAAAACCACGGUGAAGACAACGAUGAUCAUCAAUCCGAUCGCCCUCACAAGUGCUCUCGCUGCAAGCAAUCAUUUGAGAGAUCCGCUGAACGCAUUCUUCAUGCAAAUAUAAACCAUGCCGACCCGAACAUAAAAUGUACCUACAGGGACUGUCGACGUCCAUAUGGAUUUGCGGACAAAGAGUCUUUAUAUCGCCAUCAAAGGAGGCAUCGCGAGGGAAACCGGUUCAAAUGCCCUGACCCUGAUUGCAAUAGAUCAUACAAGUCUAAGUAUGCUCUAAGUGCCCAUCUACAUCACAGUCAUUCUGCAUCGGGUAUUGUGAUAGAUAGUGGGCAUACAGUCUGCUCUACUGCUCAAUCAAUAAGCCAUAUGGACCAUCCUGAGCCCAGCCAACAUGCCGACCGCGAAUCUAAGCGCACAUUCCACAAUCAGAAUAUUGGAAGCGACAAACCUCAAGGAGAUGAAACCAUAACCAGACCGCCAAAUUCAAAUGAAAACGAGGAAUCACUGGCAGACAUCGAUAGCGGGGCCGUCGGAGGACAAUCAAAAAGGUUCAAAUGCAAGAAAAUCCAUCCGACCACUUCGGAGCAUUAUACUCAAGGGGACAACGAAAAGUCCCAGGGGGAGAAAGACUGUCAAGAAGGCUCUCAUUUUGAUAAUAAAUGGUUUUCACUCAUUCACGAGCAUGCUAAGCCCACCGACCGAAUACUUCCAAAAGCACGGAGUUCGCCUGAGACCCGCAUCGAACUCAACGUACGAGGCAAUUAUUUUGACCAUAUUUCAUAUACUUUACCAGCUGCCAAGCGUCCGCGUGAAACUGAUUCGGGCGGCAUCAUAAGCGGCUCAGAAGGGCCUCUUCAGGAUAGGGAUACUCGGCCUCUCAAGCUACGUAUACGAUUCUUGUGCCAAUAG